AUGGCGGAAUUGCAUGACCUUUCGACCGAGCUACUACUCAAUAUAUAUGAGCUUCUCGACAGCAUCGAUGAUGCCCUGCAUCUGGCAAGAGGUUCCAAGCACCUUCACGCCGUCUACGAGACCCACCGUAGCGAUACUACGCCUGACUCCUCCCGUCCAUCGAUCGAGGUCUUUGAGCAGUGUUGCAACGCAACUAAGAUCACCAGAGUACAAGUAUGGGACAUCGUCGCUCGCUGGCAAGGUCUUCGAGCGUUUCAACACUUAUAUGUGGACUCGAAAGUGAACGCGAAGUUUUCCAGAGGUCCUCCGGACAAUUCGGAAAUCCUAAACGUCGUGGAUUUGGUCGAAAAGGGCGAGUGCGCGGUGCGCAACAUUGACGAGACAAAGAUUCGCUUAUCUUUCUCUUCUGCGGCGAUUGUCCGCUUCUACAAGGCCCUCACUAAUUAUUGGCUCGCCACUGAGGCCCGAAAGCUCGCUGAUCAGUGUGCCUACACUUUGCAAUCAUCGUCGCUCAAUAUGUGGGACCGAGUGCACAACAUUUUCGACGACCGAAGCGGUCUACAAGAGAGCCUCGAUGUUUUGGAGGUAUACGAUUUCGGCGAAUUUCUAUGUCAGCACAUCGAUCAUGCCGACAAAGAUUCUUUGGACCAUUGGCUCAACGAGCAGGACUGGUUCAUGGGUGAUGACCUGCAUGUUGAUAAUCGUUACUUCAUCAUACAGCUCGGCGCUCAUCUUAGCCCUCCGGACAUUCUUGAACUCCUGUUUCUGACCUCGGUUUGGAAGAAAGACGGGGAUGGGCAUCGCCGGGCGUGGUCAAAAGAGAAGAGGCGCGCUUAUUUGCAAGCGCGCGGUUCCUUCGACUCUUUCACUGGUCGCCACUUAGUGCUUGAUGUUGGAGGGGAACUCCGGGACACCAAUUUUGCGAUAGAAUAUGUGGAGGGCGCAUGUAUGUUGCAAUUACAAGAAACGUUCCCUAAAAUCAUACCAAAAGAUAUUGCUGUUGCAUGGAAGCAAUAUCGGGGAACUCUCUGGCUGUCGCAGAUUCGUGGGCAAUUCGGUUCUAUGUCCUCCGGACCGUGUCUGGCAUAUUUCACAGAAGUCUUCGAGAGCCUCGAAGAUAAUGGUCUGGCUCAGCUUUGA